CUCGCGCAAGUCCUUGUUCAUCAUGGGCUUUUCCCCACUGCACCUUCCCAACCACGUAUGGCAGUUUCUGUCGAUCUCCUUGCAUUUUAUUGUGCCUUAUUUGAGCGCUCGUGUGAUGCUGUGCAUGCUCUCGCCUCUGCCCUCAAAACGCAUUACGCUCGCAGAGGUUUUCAGAUGAUCAACGCAGACGUGAGUUUCAUCUGCCUUUUUCAACCUUAA